CCACCGUCCGCUUCUUCUGCCGCGGAACCACCUGCGCUCGCAGCUCCGCCAGCUCCUCCGCCCGUUGACUCCGCUGCUUCGCUUCCGAAACCAAGUACCACAAUGGCCGAUGCCAACGGUGGCACAAAUACCCCGAUGGCAGACCUUUCCAGUGCUUCUGCCACUCAGGUCCGCCCGGGAGGUGCCCCAGCGCGGGUAUAUCUCAACGACAAGAUCGUUCCAUAUCUGCUUGAAGGGAUGAAGUCUGUUGCGCGAGACCAGCCCGCCAAUCCUCUACGAGUGCUGGGAGAGUUCUUGAUCCAGAAGAGUAACGAAAUGGAGGGUGAAGUGAAGAAAGAGUCGGAAUAG